AUGGCUGGUAUCAGUGUUUCUCAUUUUCAACCUAUCGGCGAUUUUGGAGCUGGAUUUUACUGUGCCGACAAUGUCAGAACCGCACUCCGAUUUGCCAUAUUGACUGCCCUUGAGAAUGGAGAAGGCCGGCAAUCCUCUUCUUUAAUGUGCUUUGAUGUUAGCGAGGAUGAAUUGAAUCGACUGAACCAGGUGCACGUUGGGGGCGAUGAGUGGACCGAGUGGACAGGAAAGUGCCUCCAAGGAGAACAGGCGGAAGUCUACGAAGGGGAACGAUACAGCCUCCAGCUUGUCAUUGGUAAGUUGGUGCACAAUCCUCACCCAAGUGGAAUUAGAUAG